CAAUCUUGGAAUGGACGCGACAAGCGCCGUUGCAUUCUGGGAGCUGUAGUCUCUCAUCAUUGGCCCCGCCCCUGGUGCGGUUGUGGCGGCCCGCGUUUGGAGAAAACUCUACCCGGUAUCUCAGCGCGGGUCGGAGCGGUAGAAAGCGGUGGUGCCGCCCUACAACCUUCGUCCCCAGUUCCCGCAGCGGGCUCCGCCUCUCCUCUAAUCUUUCCCACCACCCAAAAUGGCGGCGGAAGUGGAUUUUGGCGACCUAGAGCUGUUCGAGGCGUUUGACCCCUCAGGGGAGUCGACUCCGAAACCCGUUCACACCCGCUUUAAGGACGACGACGGCCACGAGGAGGAGGUCGAGAAUGGGGGCGACGACGCGGAGCUGCGGGAGCGGCUUCGGCAGUGCGAGGAGACCAUCGAGCAGCUCCGCGCCGAGAAUCAGGAACUUAAAAGAAAACUGAACAUUCUGACUCGACCGAGUGGAAUAUUGGUGAACAAUAUUAAAUUAGAUGGACCUUUAUUGCAGAUUCUAUUUAUGAACAAUGUUAUUUCAAAGCAAUAUCAUCAAGAAAUAGAGGAAUUUGUAUCAAAUUUAGUAAAAAGAUUUGAGGAACAGCAGAAAAACGAUGUGGAAAAGACUUCGUUUAAUCUUUUGCCCCAGCCAUCCAGUAUUAUGUUGGAAGAGGACCAUAAAGUAGAAGAGUCCUAUACCAUUAAAAACAGCAAGGAAGCUUUUAGUGUUGUAGGAAGUGUCCUGUAUUUUACUAAUUUUUGCCUUGAUAAAUUGGGGCAACCGCUUCUAAAUGAAAACCCUCAGCUAACCGAAGGAUGGGAAAUACCCAAGUACCAGCAAGUCUUCAGCCACAUUGUUUCUCUAGAAGGGCAAGAGAUACAAGUAAAGGCAAAAAGGCCAAAGCCUCACUGUUUCAAUUGUGGUUCUGAAGAACAUCAAAUGAAAGAUUGCCCGAUGCCCCGGAAUGCUGCUCGAAUAAGUGAAAAGAGAAAAGAGUACAUGGAUGCCUGCAGUGAGGCAAACAAUCAGAGUUUUCAGCAGCGUUACCAUGCAGAAGAAGUAGAAGAAAGAUUCGGAAGAUUCAAGCCAGGCGUUAUCAGUGAGGAGCUUCAAGAUGCACUUGGCGUGACAGACAAGAGUCUCCCCCCUUUUAUCUAUCGGAUGCGCCAGCUCGGAUACCCACCAGGGUGGCUCAAGGAGGCUGAGUUGGAGAAUUCAGGGCUUGCACUCUACGAUGGAAAAGAUGAUGCUGAUGGAGAAACAGAAGUUGGAGAAAUACAGCAGAAUAAAAGUGUCACUUAUGAUCUCUCGAAGUUGGUAAACUAUCCAGGUUUUAAUAUAUCGACUCCCAGAGGAAUUCCAGAUGAAUGGAGGAUGUUUGGUUCCAUACCGAUGCAGGCCUGUCAGCAGAAGGAUGUGUUUGCAAAUUACCUUUCGUCAAACUUCCAAGGGCCAGGCCUAAAGCCCAGUGGCAAGCGGUCUUCAUCGCAGUCCAGCUCCAGUAGCCCAAAGAAGCAGAGGAAGGAGGGCAGCUCUGCAGUGUCCCCUGCUGACAUGGAGCUUGACUCGGACGCCGAGGCGGCCCCCGGCGGCCACGCAGCGCCACAGCCCCGUCCCGGACAUGAGCAGGUUCGCCAGGGGCAUCACGCCCUUCGAGUUCGAGAACAUGGCCGAGUCCACCGGCGUGUACCUGAGGAUCCGCAGCCUGCUCAAGAACUCGCCCCGCAGCCAGCAGAAGAGCAGGAAGGCUUCCGAGUGACAGAGCUGGACAGCCACCGCCUCCCAGGUCCGGCCACCGCUGCUUCUCCUCAGCGGCGAAACGGGCAGGGGUAA